AUGAUCUCCUCGAUAUCGAGCAUGAACCACUGGUGGUGGCACUUUCUCGAAAACCACGUCUACCGCAUCCCGCCGCCGCCGAAGCGCGUGCGCACGAGGCCGAUGCAGGUCCUCUGCGUCGGCCCACCGCGCAGCGCGACCGAGUCCCUGCAGCAGGCGCUGCUGACGCUCGGCUACGACCACACGUAUCACGGGUGGGACAUUGUCUACGACGAGCCGCCGAUCCCCGCGACGGGGUGGGUGCGGCUCGCGCGGAAGAAGUGGUACGGCGGGGGCCGCGGCAGCCGGGCGGAGGAGAAGGCGGGGGACUGCAGCAUCUCGGCAGAGGAGUUUGACGAGCUGCUGGGCCACUGCGUGGCCGUGACAGACGCGGCGGCAAGCUGCUUCGCGGCCGAGAUGAUCCGGGCGUACCCCGAGGCCAAGGUGGUCCUCAACGUGCGGCGGGACCUGGACGCGUGGCACCAGAGCGCGGUCAAGACGCUGGUGCACGUCAACGAGAGCUGGAGCUUCUGGAUCGCGAGCCUGCUGGACCGGGAGGCGUUCUGGGCGUGGCACGUGUACGAGAGGUUCCUGUGGGCGCUGUUCUUCCGGGCGCCGGACGGGGACAUGGCGCGGGCGAUCCAGAGGAACGGGAAGUGGAUUUACCGGGAACACUGCGACAUGAUCCGCGGCAUGGUGCCGCCCGAGCGGCUCCUCGAGUGGUCGGUCGACGAAGGGUGGGGGCCGCUGUGCGAGUUCCUCGGCAAGAAGGUGCCGGACGCGCCGUUCCCGCACGCCAAUGCCGUCGGCCCCGGGGGCGGGUGGAAGGCGAGAGAGGAGAUGGCGACCAAGCGGUGGGUGGAGGGGGCGCUGACGAACCUCAUCUUGAUGGGGCUCUUGUUCGUCAGCGGGUGCGCCGUCUGGAUGCGGUGGGGGAGGUGA